AUGCUAGGCAGAUGGAUCCUUCGCCCAGGGUCAUGCUUGAGCCUAGCCAGACGGCAUCCCAAGGCCCGAUGCCGCGCAAGCUCCGCCCACAUUCCUGGUCACAUUUUGAGAGGUGACGACCUCGGCCCCACGCGCAAAGAUGAUUACCAGACUGUCCGCGUCCGCAAGGACAAGCAGGCAAAGGACCUUCCAUUACCUCCGUUGCUAGACCCUCUGGUCUUGAAACAAAGGUCGCGUUUCGAGCAGAGAAAGGAAAGACCAAAUGUAGCCAACUUCACGCCAUUCCAGAAGAGACUAUGGGAGAAUCCAUUUGCCCAUGCCUUAGCAUCGCCUGUGCGUCAAUGUCGCUCAACGCUGAUCUCGCUUCCUGUCGCUUUUCUGACGUCUCUCCACCCACGCCCUCACCCAACCACCCAAGAUCCAUGGCUUCUUCCCGUCUCACUAACAACCGACACUAAACAUCUUGGCCCGCCAUAUCGCUUCUUGGGAAGACAUGUAGUUGCAGCACAUCUAAGCAAAAAUAAAGCAUGGGAGAAGGGGCUAAACGCACGCAUGAGGGAAAAGUUCAGUGCGCAUAAUUUGAAGAACAUGGUCUGGAGAGAAGAUAUGGCUGACUUCAUAUUGGAAAUGAUGCGCAAGAGACUUGCUGACGGCUUAACCUGGUACUUUGGAUUUAAGGGUCGCUUGGUCCCUGUUCCAAGUCCCCGGAGUGAAGACAUAGAGGACGUCGAGGAUGUGUCCUGUGUGCUCAUUUUUCGUUCGCUGCGCACGCGCGCCAAUGAUAUACAAGUUCGUUCAGACGAGAACAAAACAGAGUUAGAGAAGUGGUCAAGCUACUUCGCCAAGAACUUUGCGUCGAAACUUGAUCCUCAUGCUGCUCCAGGAGUCACGCACACAUCGCCACACUGGUACUCAGGGCCUAUAGUGCCUCGCAUGCAACCUCGCCUACACUUUCCUGAGCUCGAGUUUCAUGCUACCGCAUGGAGAGGAAAAAAGGUGGCAGUCUACAGCUUAUUAGAUUUGCUGGGAGAAGAACAGGCACAGGUAUUGGUGGAAGGAAGCAAGUACGCAAACGAAAAAUGUGUCGUUCUGAAAAGGGGAAGACACAGCAUACCAAUUCAGAUACUUCUCAUGCAGGUACAGGCGUACGUUGCUCGGCCAGGAGAAUAA